AUGUAUAUCAUGUCCACUCACUAUAGAAUCUGGCUAACCAUCAACAAUGGAGAUAUUCGCAUCACCAAACCUGAAGUUGAAUGGAUAAAUGACGAUCUUGCCAUUAAGGAGCUCAACACUAAAGCUAGAUAUACUCUGACAUGUGCCCUAUCAAAGAAUGAGUACAACAAGAUCUACAAACAAAAAACUACUAAAGAAAUCUUGGACUCAUUAAGUAUAAACUAUGAAAGCACUGAAGAUGUCAAAUUGAGGAAAGUUGCGACUCUAAUAAGACAUUAUGAAAGCUUCAUGAUGAAGGAUGAAGAGUCUAUGGAUGACAUGCUUGGAAGACUUCAAGUUCUUCUAAACAAUCUUGAAGCUCUUGAAUAG